GGCGGAGCAGGAGGAGGUGGCUGGUGUGCGCCCUGGUCCCUUUUACGCACCGGCUGCUGCCUCCUUUGGAGAGCCCAGGGGGACCCUCUGGCCCAGCCUCUCCUGCCCCCUGCCCUGCAGCCCCAGCAGCUUUACUCCAGGCUCCAGAACUAGGGAAGUAGCCGCUCCUCUUGGCCCAAGAGGGAACCACCACAAUGGCCAGCGAUGUGGUGGAAGAUGAGCUGGAAUUCUACUCCAAGGCGGAAAAAUAUUGGAAGGACAUACCGCCCACGGUGGAUGGCAUGUUGGGUGGCUACGGACACAUCUCCAGCAUCGAUAUCAACAGCUCUCGCAAGUUUUUGCUUCGUUUUUUGCGGGAUGGGCCUAACAGGACCGGAACGGCCUGUGCCUUGGACUGUGGGGCCGGCAUUGGCCGCAUCACCAAGCGACUCCUCCUUCCCCUUUUCAAAACAGUGGACAUGGUCGACGUGACAGAGGACUUCCUAAACAAGGCUCGGAGCUAUCUUGGCGAGGAGGGGAGGCGGGUCAGGAACUAUUUCUGUUGCGGCUUGCAGGACUUCAGUCCUGAGCCCAGUGCCUACGACGUCAUAUGGAUCCAGUGGGUGAUAGGACACCUGACAGAUGACCACCUCUCCAGCUUCCUCAAAAGGUGUCGGCUUGGGCUCCAACCCAACGGCAUCAUUGUCAUUAAAGACAAUAUGGCACAAGAAGGAGUCAUUAUGGAUGACGUGGACAGCAGCGUCUGUCGGGACUUAGACGUUGUCUGCAAGAUCAUUCGCCGGGCAGGGCUCAGCCUCCUGGCCCAGGAGAAACAAGAGAACUUCCCUGAUGAGAUCUACCACGUCUACACCUUAGCCAUGAGAUGAACCGCCCUUCCCGCCCUAGAGAUCACGUGUCCCAAAGGAGAACCGGGUCCUGAUCCAGGAAUUCCCAAGAGCCUCUGGAGUGACCUGGGGGUCUGAGACAAAUGACCCCGGGAGACGGUCCGAAAAUCUGGGCGGGUGCAACUUGAACAGUUUUCAUGGAGACUAGCUUUGGAAGGGGGAAGUAAAGUUGAAUCUUGUCUUGUCUUAAGUUGCUGCUGGGUUUUUCCCCCUUUUUAAUGCAAGAAUGUUUGCCAAAUACACUUCUGGGGUUGCAGAGUA